GCAACUAGUGGAAAAGGUGAUGCUGUCAAAAACCUUCAUGCUAACACAUACUAAGGCUUUUGGUAUGAUGCGAUGUUCUAUAUUAACUAGAUCAAGACAGUUAAAGUUAAUGUCAACAUACACUUUUUGAGCCAAAAAAGUAACCCAGUGACUACCAGACUGACUUAUCCAGACUUCAGACGCGAACAUGCAUUGUUUACAGCAAUUUGGAGGUGUACUUCUAUCACUAUGGGUUUUUGCAGUGAUAGUUUUGGCGUUGGUGCCCAAAACCGAAAGCAUUACCACGUCAGAAAAGCAAGCGAUCAAGAAAGGUUUGCAAACAGGGAAAGAAAUUUUUGAUCUUAUUAAAGAACAAAAGUUUCAUGAAACGUUAACAAAAGUUGCCACAAAUGUCAAAGGGUUCCUUGGUGCAUUGGGCCCAUUUAUUGGUCUUGUUAUGGCAUUCGUGCCAGCAGCAGAUUCAGCAGAGUUGGAAUUUAUGAAAAAAAUGAUGGACGAAAUUAAUACCCACUUCGAAAGGGUAGACUCUCGCUUUAAUGACAUCGAACGAUUAAUUAAGUGGGCCGGAAUAUCGAUUCAAUUUGGGGAAAUACAAGCAUCACUCGAGGUUUUGACGGAAGAAUAUCGUCUUUUUUAUUCCAGUUCAGCACCAGAAGCUGAUAGAAAGUCCUUAUUUAUGAAGAGCUACGACGACAAUUAUAACCUUGCCGGCACAAGAUUGUACCUGGCAGUUGUUACUCAACAAGGCUACUUUAACGAAAACCUCGGACAAGCGGUAAUGCGUUACACAAAAUAUGACCGCAAGAUGACAGAAUAUUUUCUUCUUGGAAUUCUUGACAUGAUCUUACAAGCGAUAAUACUUGAACUUGGUUAUUACGAAAUGAAUAUGUUUACAGAAAUAAAACAAGAAAGGGAGACAGAGUGGAACACACGACUGAAUAACUUAAGACUGAAAUAUGAACAGAUAGACGAGGACGUUAAGAAUAGGUACCAUAUCCAGUCGAAAGAGGAAAUAUUAGAAUAUGCCAGGGAUAAUACCGGAAUGAGUAAUGAACAAUUAAGCAGCGGAUUGUUCAGUUUAUUAGAGAAGAAGUAUUAUUGGCGGGUGUGGUUUGUUUUAGUUUACGAUCCGAUAACUGCUUCGUCUAAACAUAAAGCGAACGUAUGUGGUGGGCACAUACUUUUUGGACAAUACGGACGUAACAUCGUAGUAGCAAGCAAGGACAAAGCGCAACCAAAAAUGGAGCUGAGAAAAGCAUUACAAGAAUUGCAAAAGUUUUACGUAUAUAUUGUCCCUGCGUACUAUGGUGAUCUGAAUUUGCUGGAGGUUUUUUAUAAUGGCCAGAAGGCAAUCGAUUCUUACGACGCUGGAGCACUUUAUAAUAUGGCUGACAAAACAAGUUCCUGUAGCUUUGCUGUUGUGGAUAAAGAUGCAAAUGCAUUCUACAAAUCGAGUGCGAACAGAGCAGUGUC